CUCGGACCGCCGAGGGAGACGGCGGAAGCGGCGGACGCCGACUCCGAGCGACGGCCGAGGAAAUCCGCGGCGGGGGUCGUCGUCGUCCGAGCGGGUGGGAGAAGGUGACACGGAUGGCAACAGGGGCUCCGCAUCGUGGACCGUUCACUUCCGGCUCCAAGUGGAGCGACUCCCGAGGGCUGAGGAGCUGGAUUCCCAUGACAUCCCCCGAAGGCCGACUUGAGCGGAUCCACUCGGGAAGAGCCGGCGAGCGGCGAGAGUCUCCUUCCCGCGGGCCGCGGCCAAACACGGCCCCGAGAGAUUCCAGCGAGCGGCCCCGAUGGACGCGCUCGGGUCGGCGGUCCCCGCGAGCAGAAUGAGGGAUUCCUGGCGGACGUUGCUGCUGUGCCUGUGGCUCCUGGCCGGCCGGGCCCGCCCGCGGGGGGCCGGCGACCCCUUCGCGGGGCAGCGGACCCCCGCGGACCCUUGCUACGACGACGCCGGCGCCGCCCGCCGCUGCGUCCCCGAGUUCAUCAACGCCGCCUUUGGCAAGGAGGUGACGGUGUCGGGCGCGUGCCAGAUCUGCGACGGCGCCGAGCCCCGCGGCGCCCACCCGGCCUCCUACCUGACCGAUCUGGACUCGCCGCGCAACCUGACCUGCUGGCGCUCGGAGAACCUGGCAGCGUGGCCGCGCGACGUGACUCUCACCCUUUCCCUGGGGAAAAAGUUUGAGGUCACCUACGUGAGCUUGCGCUUCUGCUCGCCCCGCCCCGAGUCGCUGGCCAUCUACAAGAGCAUGGACUACGGCAAGACCUGGACGCCCUACCGCUUCUACUCGCCGCAGUGUGGCCGCGCGUCCGAGCGAGCCGCCGCCGUAGGCGAGCGCAAGGAGCAGGAGGCCCCGUGCAGCGAGGGCCCCGCGGACCCCCGCCCGCUCUCCGGAGGCCUGGUGGCCUUCAGCACCUUGGACGGACGCCCUCCCGGCAAAGACCUUGACGACAGCCCCGUCCUUCAGGACUGGGUGACCGUCACCGACAUCCGCGUGGUGCUGAGGCGGCGGCGGGAGCCGGGACGGCCCGCGGGGGCGGACCAGGAAAGGGCGGCGGUCACCUCGGCGCCGUACUUCUACGCCGUGUCGGACUUGCAGGUGGGCGGCAGGUGCAAGUGCAACGGGCACGCCUCGCGCUGCCUUCAAGGCCAGGACGGCCGGCUGCUGUGCGACUGCAAGCACAACACGGAAGGGCCCGAAUGCGACCGCUGCAAGGCCUUUCACUCGGACCGGCCGUGGCAGAGGGCCACGGCCCGCGAGGCCAACCCCUGUCUGCCGUGCGAGUGCAACCUGCACGCCCGGCGCUGCCGCUUCAACAUGGAGCUGUACAAGCUGUCGGGGAGGAAGAGCGGCGGCGUGUGCGUCAACUGCCGCCACAACACCGCCGGCCGCCACUGCCACUAUUGCAAGGAAGGCUUCUACCGAGACGCGGGCCGAGGCGUCGCUCACCGCCGGGCUUGCAAGGCCUGCGACUGCCACCCCGUCGGAGCGGCCGGCAAGACGUGCAACCGGACCACGGGUCAGUGCCCCUGCAAGGACGGCGUGACCGGCGUCACCUGCAACCGCUGCGCCAAGGGCUACCAGCAGAGCCGAUCCCCCGUGGCCCCCUGCAUCAAGAUCCCCGCCGUCGAGCCCGCAGCUGCGGUCAGCGGCACGGAGGAGCCGGCAGACUGCGAUUCCUACUGCAAACCCGUGAAGGGCAACUUGAGGAUCAACAUGAAGAAAUACUGCAAAAAGGAUUACGCGGUGCAAGUCAACGUCCUGGACAUGGAGACCGUCGGCGACUGGGCCAAGUUUUCCGUCAAGGUCGCCUCCGUGUACAAGAGUCGCGGCGAGCCCUUGAAGCGAGGGGACAACAUCCUGUGGGUGCACAUGAAGGACCUGGCCUGCAAGUGUCCCCAGAUCCAGAUGAGUCGGCGCUUCCUGGUGAUGGGCGGCGGCGACGGCGGCGGCGGCGGCGGCUCGGGGCCGGGAACCUCCCGCCCGCCGGCGGAAAGCGCCGGGCUGCUGGCUGAUAAGAACAGCCUGGUCAUCCAGUGGAGGGACGUUUGGACCAGAAGACUGAGGAAGUUCCAGCGCAAAGAGAAGAAGGCCAAGUGCGGCAAAGCCUGAGGAAGCUAAGCCGCCUUCCGCCGCCGGAACGCCAAGUCUGCAUGCACCCGACCUACUUAGAAGGACCUUAGUUUGCGUAUACCGGACACUUGUUUUCCUUUGUAGUCCUCCGAGAUUUGUCGCGGUCACGUCCCGCCUCUUCGGUUUGCCUUCCGAAGGCCCCGUGAGAAGGGCUUCGUCCGAAGCGUAGACAAACGCAGACGGACGUCACCGAGCGACCGCUGCUCCUUCCCGAAGGAUUUUAAGAAGCCACGAUGAAGUCCGAGGUAUCGACACUCUUUUUUUUUUUUUUUUUGUCGCCGUACCGGACGUCGGCGGGAACUUCUUUGAAUCGAGAUCUCAUUUUCCUCGAGUCUUUGCAGGCCGGACUCAUCCGAGCGUCGCGCGUGCCAUGACGACAGAAUCCUCGGACGCUGGCUCGAACCGUCGCGGCUCACCUUUGUCAACUUUAGUCACCGUCGUCCGAUCCGAAACCAAAUGGAACCAAAACAGGUUGACGCGCUGCAGCCAGUGAAUGACUGACGAGCGCCGUCGGCAAACUGACGCGAGUGUCGGCGCUUCCGUUGCGUGGCGGCGGUACUUUUUGGACAUGCGUUUCGGAUGCCGCGCAGAAUGUCUUCCUUUUGCCGUCGAUGACGAGCGCCCCGUUGUCAAGACCUUGACCGAGUACGCGACGCGGGGAGGAGCGCGGGCCCCCGCGGACACGGUGCCGUGAAGCAUGCGCCCGCUCUUGGCUUCCCCGGCCGCCGAGUCCUUUUCCCCUCGAGGCGACGAAGCGCUGACUUUUCCUUGUAAGUGACGCAAAAAUGAAUAAAUUAUUAGCGAAGGA